AUAAACUAGUGCGCGUGUGCAUUUACUUGUAAUUAGAUUCGUAUUGUGGCUAUAUUUGUUGUUACUGUCGUCGCUGUCACUACGAACCUUAACAUUUUGCCGGUUGCCCCUCACACAGCUGAAGGGCAACAGGGACAUCGGCAUUCGGUGUAUGUGUGUGAGUGUGCUGUAAUGUCAGAUUUUUGUUGCUGCCAAAACACAAUUCGUGCCUCAUAAUGGACCGCUCAUGCAAUCAAAACAAACGCAAAGCACCGUUACCAUAAACAAAUAGUAAGUGCGCGCGCGUACACAUACAUACAUUCCUGCAUAUACAUGUGCAUGUACGUAGGUACACGUACAUUUGUAUGAUUGUAAAUUGAUGCGCAUGUGUUCAUUUAUUUAUGUGUGUGUAGAUUUGUGCCUUUUGGUGGAGUGCAAUGCAAAAUGCAGCAUAAAUGAUACAAAAAAGAAAACAAAUUGAAUUAACGUGUAUUCUCGUGUAGUUGUGUGUGUGCGUCAAUUGUUGCAAUUUUUAUAACUGUAAAUAUGCAGUGACUGGCAACGCCCCCAGCGUCGCCCAACCACAACGCCAACAACAAGUGAUUAAAGAAAUUGUGUCGACCAACUUGGAAGUGAUUAAUUUUUCAAGCUCCACACCCAAAAGCAUACACACACACAAACACACACAUGUGUGUAUAAACAAUCGACAAUAGCAAAACACAACAAAGGCAAGCUACAGUAAACGUCCUUGGUUAACGGUAAAGCGCCAGAACGACAAAGCACAGGAAAAGCAAUAGGAAGAAGAGACACGAAAGGCUCACACUCGUACACAUACAUACAUAUACAAAUAUAAAUAGGCACGAACGGCACUCACACACAUUGAAGUGCUGAGCUGGCGCUGAAAAUAUGGCCGCAGCAGCGCCAACAAAAACAACAGAAACGGGAACAGGAUUGGGAACAGGAACAGGAACAACUGAAGCAGCAGCAGCAGCGACAGCAGCGACAGCAACAACAGCCGGAACAGCAUCCUCAAGCGAAGGCAUCGAGAUGCUUAAGGCGCUCUAUGACUUUCAAGCGGUUUAUCCCAAGACUAUCAGCUUCGAUGAGGGCGAAUAUUUUAUAUUGUAUCAGACAUCGGCACGCCAAAGGAAUUGGUGGCAAGUGGUCAGCAUGAAGGGCAACAUUGGCUUUGUGCCAUCGAAUUACGUAAUGAAGAUUAAGGUGGAACAUGAUUUCCUCAUCAGUUUCCUCAACUCGUCCAUUGAGUCGCUGGAGAAGUGCAAUGAGCUCGAGAUCAAUGGCAUUAUGUCCAAAGAUGAGCUGUUGGAGCGUUUGCGUGAAAAGAAGCACACCAUGGAAAAGCUAUAUGCGGAGAGUUCGGAACGCGAUGGCGACUCUUCACUGAGCUAUUCGCACAGCUAUAGCGAAAAGCAACUGACCAAGUGCCACAAACAGCAGCAGCAGCAGCACAGUCCGCCCGCCUCGCAACGUCUGGACAUGAGCAGAAAGAGCAUGUCCAGUCCCGCAGUGGGCGCCAGCGUGCCGCAAGCCAUGCCGGAGUCCCCCAGUAUGGGCACCAUGCAGCUUCAAAGCAGCAGCUGCACGAUACAGACGCCUCAGCAGCAGCAACAGCAGCAGCAACAACAGCAGCAACAACAGCAGCAACAGCCACUGCCACUGCCAGCGCCGCCCGUUGCCGCUGCCAAGACCAGUGAUGUGGCGCAGGACAACAGCAUUACAUCGGAGCCAUCGGAGACGACAACAACCACAACCACGACCAGCGAAGAUGUGGUGACCACCUACAAGGAGACUAGUCAGUUAAGUGCCACUGAUGGCCGCCAUCAGGCGCAUAAUAAAAACGGCGCAGGCGGCGGACGUUCCGCUGGGGCGGCGUCAACCACCGGCAGCGUUCACAAAUCCUCGGGCAAUGGCAGCAGCAGCAACGGUGCCGCUCCCGGCGAACUCCUCAGCCAGACUGUCUACAGUGGACCCGACAAAUCCGAUGGCAGCGACGAGGGUUGCAAUGGCAAUGGGGAUUUUGCCAACAGUGCCGAAAAUAGCCAAGCUCUGGACAGCAUUGAGAGUCCCUCGCAUCGUGGUGGCCUCCAUGCGAGUGCUCAGCUCAAAGUGGAGUCCUCAGAUGUUUAUCAGAUUGUAGACGCUUUGCGUCGCAAUACAAACCUUAGCUUUGACCUCUCCUGCGAGGCACUGCGCGUGGUGCUGACUAGCCUGGAACAGCUAUACAAUGGUGCCAUCAAUCCUUACCUGGAGGCUGUGGCUGUCCAUGUCACCGGCAAGGUGGCCACCCCCAAGGAGCUGCUGGGCAUCACGCACGACUCGAAGCGUCUGCAGUAUUUGUUUUCCCAGCUGGCCGACUGCAAGAACGAUACGGAGCAGCGCACUUGGAUGCUCUAUGAGGACGAGGAGGACAUUUUACAGUUUCUCGAGGAGCUAGUCGAGAUAUUGAAUAAUGCUGACGAAAAUAUCAGCUGCUAUGAGAUGUCCUGCGAUCAAUAUCAGAUGUUCAUCAACCUCGUACAGUAUUAUCAAAUGGAGACGCGCUGGUCCAUCAAACGCUUGCUAUUAAAGACUUUCACUGCUGCCUGUCAUCUGGACCACAUUAUAGUGGACAUAUUGCUGACUUCGGUGCUGCCACUAGAGAUUGUAGAAGACAUGAAGACCCACUUUUCGAAUUUGGAUCGUUUUAAGCAGCUGGUGAAUAUGUUAACGAUAAUAUUCUCGCUAGGCCAGGCAAUGCCGGUUAAUCAUCAGGAUUACUUGGGAGUGCAUUUUGCAAGUUUCCUGCUCGAAAUAGUCGAGGGCAACAAUCCGGAGGUGCUGGUGGAUAUGGUGAUUGCCCUGAUCCUGGCAUUCAAUCAGCAGUUCGGCGAGCAUACGGUGAACGUCAUCAUCGAGGCGAUGCAGAACCUACCCACGGCUAAGGUGUUCACAGAGAAGCUGCUGUUACUCUUGAAUCGCGAGGAUGAUCCCACGCGCAUGCUUAAACAUCCCAAUGAGCAUAUGAAUACGGUGCUGCGCAUGUUUAUAGACAUUUUCAGCCAUCCGGAUACGGCGGGCAUGUUCUACACGAACGACAUUAAGGUGCUUAUAGAUAUUGUGGUGCGUCAGCUGUCGGAUCUUGAUGCAGGCAGCCCGACACGUCCCUGCUAUUUGGAGCUGUGUCGUCGCAUCUUGCGAAAUACAAACUAUCAGGAGCAUCAGCAUCGCAAACACGACCUCAUGAAGAUCUUCACGCGAAUCUUUUGCGAGGAGACCGAAUGCAGCGCCUCGGAUCAGCAGUUGGUGCGCGAAAUAGCAAACGAAUUUCCGCAGUUGUUCAAAGCAUAAAUCCAAAAUAGAGAUCAUUUAACUAAACCAACCAUUUUAAUUGUGAAACGUUGCUAGUGAGGUCCAUUACGGGCCAGUCGAAUUUUUAGAUUGUCUAGUUUUAAACAUAAACAGAACAGAACAAAAAACGGAAAAAAUAUUAGGCUGUGCAUUCGAAACAAAAUGCUCGCUUACACAAAACCAUACAUAUGUAUGUCUUUGGAAAAAUUGUGUUAAUCCUUGGAAUAUUUUCAAAACUAUAAUAUGUUAUUGCAUUUGAUUUAUGUCUAAAUUUCUAGUCAAACGCUAAUUCCAAAGAUACAAAUUUGGUUUGCAUUGUAAGUUUGAAUUCUAAUCGAACGCAGCCACGCAAUUGUGUUUUGAAUUGAACUUUUGAAAUUAGUCUUAAAACAUCGAUUUGUAUUGUAUUGUAGGCUCGUCGUAUACAUAUAUACUUACAUAUAUUCUGUUCAGUGCUCUGUAACAUUUGCAUCUACCACAUCAAUUUAUCUUAUGAACAUAGCUCUUAAGUGUCUCUGCGAAUUGGACGUUGUAGUACUGGCCAAUUGAGCUCUACUACUAGAUUUACAGCAACAAAAAAUACGAAGAUACAUACAUACAUUUAACGAUAUAUGGGGAAAAAAGUCAUAGCACAUAUAUAUAUAUAUAAGACUAUAUAGUCUUAAAUAAAAUUUGUUAACAUUUGAUAGGCAGGCAUGCAUAGGAAAACGACGAUUUUUAAGUAUCACACAGAAAUUGCAUUCAUUUGUUUAGCCAAAGAUUUCAAUUGCAAAAUCGAAAAUUAACUGAAUAUAACAAGAAAUUGAUAUUUAUAUUAUAUAAAUAUAUAGGUAAAUAUUAAAUGAAAUGUUUAUUGAUAUCUAAAAGCAAAAGACAAAACC